AUGGCCGAUUCUAGUUCAUCUUCAAUCGACUCACCAAAAAUUAACAGUGAGCAAUCCGUUCCAAUGUGUGAUAUAGAAAAACUUUCACCUAAUGAAAAAACUGACUCUAAACCGGUUACAAAUCGUAAAAUGACAUUCAAACGAAAGGUGAUACCUGAACAACAUCGUACAUUAACGUCUAAAUUACUUAACAUGAAACAAAUUAUACAUGAAGAAUACUUGGUACGCGAACAAAUAAAUCGUAUACGCUUAGAAAAACAAUAUAUACAAACUUUAUUGAACACACUACACGCUUUCCAUUCAUAUGACAAUAUGCAAAAUUAA